AUGGCAGAGGGCCCAGAUGCAACUGCAAGCAGGCCAAGCCGGCGACAAUGGACGUUGCCUCCGUGGUUGAACCACUUCAAUAUUCAUGAUGGCAAAAUCGUCUUCCGCUGCUGGGUGGCAGCGUGGGUCGCUUCGUUGCUCAUGCUCAUCCAGCCAUCUCUGACAAACCUUGGAGUGGCUGCUUUUUUCGCCCUCUUGAUUCUUAUAGCUGUACCGCCGGCGAGCAUACUCUUGGUCUAUGUCCUGGCCUCCUUUUCUCUGCUGCUGGGCAUGUGCUUCGGCUGGCUAUGGGGUCUCUUGACCAUGAAGGCUGCUCUCGCUGCGCGUCCGGACUCCGAGACGCAGCAAUCCUUGCUCGCGCUUCAACAAGCAGCCGUCGCGCAAGCUAAUCAGACUGGUCAGCCCGUCUCGUGGGAAGCGCUGGUGCUGGUACACAAUGGAUUUAUGCUCGAUGCUCGCGUUACUGCUGUUUUUUACGUCAUGUCCUGCGUCUUCAUAUACGCCUUGUGUCGGCUGCGCAUGAAGAACAUGAAGUUUGUCUUGCUGCAGUUAUUCGGCAUCAUAUCUAUAGACAUCUUCCUAAUCUUUGGACCUUCGCUUCCCCAGUUUGAGGCGCAACUUGGCACGAUUCUGGUCAAGCCAGCUGCCGUUGGAGUCGCCUUAGGCUCGGCAUGCUGCUUGUUCUUCUUCCCGCAGUCGACUUCUUACGCCGUGCUGGAACAGAUGGAGAAGCUGGUGCUGCUUCAGGAAAUCGCUCUUCAGGCGACGAGACGGCGCCUUGGUGAUCAAGACGUAUCUCUGGGCGAGCUAAUAGAGGCAAAGGCCAAAACGGUGGGCCUUUACAAGGCCAUGCAGCCAGCGAUUGCUUUCUUGCCGCUCGACUUUUCUCGUGGUCGAUGGAAUGCCGAGGAUGUGAAGGGGUUGCAGACACCUGUCCGAGUGGCCAUGAUUGCGAGCCUGUCCAUGAUUGAGUUUCACAUUUCUCGCAUCAACGUGAUCCAGAAGGAGGACAAGCUGGCAAAACACCACCAAGAUGAAGACAAAAACAAUCACAACGAAAACGGAAUCGGUAUGCACCAAUUAAAGGAAAGCUCAGAGCUGCUGCAUGCCCUCCAAAGUCCUGAGAACGGCGAGGUACAAGAUCGAACGAGAGCGGCUCUCUUGGACACGACCGCAGACGUGCUACAAGCCUGCUCGCAGUCCAUCAAGGUAGUUGCUAAAUGCAUCAACACGGUCAAUAAUCGCCGCUGGGUCGGCCAGCCUUCACAACAGUCGUUUGACGAGCUAGAACAAGAGCUCCGGACCAAGCUGGACGCUUUGCGUUCCUCACGAGACUCCUGCGUCACGAACACGACAGAAAAAAUACUCAGUACUCAUCAGGACCUAUUUGAUGCUAAAGGAGACCUCAAGCCUUCAAUCGAGAGCGGAUCGCGGCUGCUUCGCGGUAUAGUCGUCGCCAUGGUCAUCGAGGAACGAGUGAUUGGCAUAGCGACUGCGAUGGAAAAAUUGAUCGAGUAUGUUCUUCACCUGAUGACCACCCGGAAAACUCACCGCAUCUGGAUCCCUUCACGUAUGCGCUACAUGUUCAGAUGGCUGCUGGACGGUAGGCUCUCUGUUCCCGUCUCUGGUACAACCACCGAUGCUGCCGACGAUCCAGAUAACACCGCGGAUCCGGUGCUGCUUCAGGACCAGGCAGAAGAGGCCCAUAGGCGUCUUCGCAUAAGCCGUGGCUACUACGUCAGACCUCGGAAAAAGUCAGCUGCAACGCGUGUCAUCGCGGCUACAUUCCGCUGGCUCUUUGAUCCCGCUGGCAUGUAUGCUCUCCGCAUGGUCGUCGUGACCGUUGCGACGGCCAUACCUUCUGCCAUCCCAAGCUCAGCUGGGUUCUUCUAUCGCGAGAAGGGAAUCUGGGGGGUUAUUAGCGCCCAAACAUGCUUAUUGCCGUACAUGGCCGACUUUACAUUCUCCGUCGUCUCCCGCGGGCUGGGAACCGUCCUUGGCGGUGUCAUGGCCAUGGUAGCCUGGUACAUCGGGUCUGGUUCUGGCAUCGGAAACCCGUAUGGCCUGGCUGCCAUCUCUGCGCUGAUGAUUUUGAUUCUUAUCUGGUGGCGCAUUUUCCUGCCCCCGGCUUUCGCUCAGGCGGCCAUCAUGACUGGGGCGACGUAUGCCCUCAUCGUUGGCUUCAGCUACGAUCACUUCCACAUUGAACAGUACGGCCUGCCGGGCGUGGGCUACGAAGCCUUCUGGAAGCGUCUGGUCACGGUUCUUUUGGGGUUUGUUGCCUCCUGCAUCGUCCAACUGGUCCCCAAGCCCCCUUCUGCCCGGAGCCAUGUGUGCAAAACGCUUUCCAACACCGUGGGCACCCUUGCGGAUCACUACGCGCUUCUACUGUCCCACUGGGGCCUUGGACAGAAGAACAGCCCCCUGAGCGCGGUGGCGGAACAGAUAUCCAUUGGCGUCGCCGAGACGCUGCUCUCGCUCAACGGCCCCAUCACCCUACUCACAUUGGAGCCGACGUUUGGUCACUUUGACCAGUAUACGCUCAAGGAAACGCAGAAGCUGUGCCUCGCCAUGAACCAGUCGCUCGAACGACUAAUGGACGUAUCCGGCUCUCUGCCCAAGGAGUACCAGGACCGGUUCAGCAAUGUGGUCGGAUUUGUCGACGACCACGUCAUUGGCGAUGUCAUGGCCGUGUUGGGGGUGGUGCGGCUCUCGCUCAAGUCGGGCGCUCCCUUGCCAGAGAGGUUGCCUGCUCCUCUCAUUCGCAACUUUUACGCUUGGUGGCAUGACAAGCACCGCACUGCAAUAUUGAACACGACGCUGGUACGGGACGAGAACUACCGUCGCUACUGUGUCGCCAUAUCUUCGUAUCUGAGGUUUUUGUCGGCGGUUGAUGACUUGGUGCUGGUUAUCAAGGGGGCGGUGGGGGAGUGCCACGUCGUGAGGCAAUGGGAAAACGUAUAG